AUGCACUGGUUUACUCUACACAAAGAGACAACGAAAGAUCCACAGAGCAUGCGACGGCUUCACUUGACAGACAGACAUCUUCGCGUGAUGCUGUGGUGCAUUCUACUCGGGUUGCAACCAGCGUUCGCUGGCAUUCUGGACCCCUUCAACUGGGCGCGUUCAGACCGCAUCGAGGUCAACAUUCCCUGGCUACCAUUUGAAAAUGAAACAAGAUGCUAUGACGAACUAGGAUGCCUGAACAUCACUAGAAGCUGGUACCAUCUCAUUCACCGGCCCUUCAACGUGUUCCCGCUGCCACGAGUCGUCAUAAAUACUAGGUUUAUUUUAUAUACAAAAAAGAACCCAACAGAUGGACAAUUGUUGAACGUGAACGUUAACAAAACUAUAGUAAAGUCCAAUUUCAACCCGAAGCGACUGACUAAGAUGAUCAUUCACGGCUUCAUCGACACUCCGCUCUCUAACUGGGUCAGUGAGAUGAAAGAUGAGCUUGUGAAAGCUGGCGAUUUCAAUGUUGUUGUAGUGGACUGGGCUGGCGGCAGUCUACCGCUGUACACACAAGCUACGGCCAAUACUAGGCUAGUGGGACUUGAAGUAGCACAUUUCAUUAAUACUUUACAGAAAGAACAUGGAGUGAAUCCAUUGGAUGUCCACAUUAUAGGUCAUUCCUUAGGUGCCCAUACAGCAGGUUACGCAGGCGAAAGAAUACAGGGCUUAGGAAGAAUUACAGGCCUGGAUCCAGCCGAACCUUACUUCCAAGGAAUGCCGACGCAUGUGCGAUUAGAUCCUAGCGACGCGCAACUUGUCGACGUCAUACACACUGACGGAAAGAGCAUUUUCCUUUUAGGAUAUGGAAUGUCACAACCCGUCGGUCACUUGGAUUUCUACCCGAAUAACGGGAAGGAGCAACCAGGUUGUGACCUCACCGAAGGACCGCUCGUACCUUUGACACUCGUCAAACAAGGACUUGAGGAAGCUUCCAGGGUACUAGUAGCCUGCAACCACGUUAGAGCCAUUAAGCUUUUCACAGAAUCUAUCAAUGGAAAGUGUUCCUAUAUAGGACAUCAGUGCCCGUCAUACCAACAUUUUCUAACAGGAAAAUGUUUCCAUUGCGGACACGGUUGCGCUAUAAUGGGAUUCCACGCAGACAGCUCCCCGGGUUUGAUUACGAACAAAAAUAAUCAAUCUGAGAAUGAGGUGUUCCCAUCUGAGGAGCACGACACCAUUGGUGCUAAAUAUUACCUCAGCACAGGCAAGGACCUGCCUUAUUGUCAACGACAUUACCGUGUAGCUAUUCAGCUGGCAAAUCCUAAAGGAGCAGAAUCGUGGGUGCAGGGUUUCCUCAAAGUAACUUUGUUGUCCGAUAGAGGGGUAAUUAGAGGAAUGGAUUUAACACCAAAUAACUACGUUAAAUUAGAACAUGGCACUACCUACACCAUAGUGGUUACACACCCUAUGGAUUUGGGUGGAAAAGUAAGAAAGGUGGAGUUAUCGUGGGAGUACGACAUGAAUGUACUGGAGCCGCGAUCUCUUUGCAUACUAUGGUGUAAUGACCGAUUGUACGUCAAAUCAGUUCUCGUCGACCAAAUGGAACUGCCAAGCAGAGGGAAAAGAAACGUCGACUUCAGCACAAAAUUGUGCACACCAAAACGCGAGUUUGCUGAAAUCCCCAACCGGGGCUCUGCCAGUUUCUAUGACAACUGCGGCAGGUAGCUGUGCCAUAAUAACCAGUAGGCUUCCCACUAUAGACUUUGCUGUCUAUUUAUAUAGACUCUGCGAGUAAGCUUUAAAUGAAAAGUGGACGGAGUAGAACGAAAAGGAAACAUUUGUCGAAGUGUAAUUAUAUCAGUGAUUGUUUUCAGUGUGCAGUUGUUACAGGGAGAACAUUUACAUGCGUUUAUUUAAAUUAUGAACACUUGUUUUAUUGCAUGUAGGUAGAUUUACAAUAUGAGCUAAAUAGUGUGCAAGUUCAUCUGUUUUCAAAACGUGUUUAAAAUAACUUGAGCUCCUGCUAUACCUAUUCUUUCAUGCUAGGCGAGUACAAACUUGUCUCAACGAACUUGAAAUGAAUACUUAGGUACCUAUUGUAAAUAUUAUAGACGAUAUUACAAAACAUUUUAAAUAAAUCCUCAAGAUUUUAGAUGUUCUUUAAUAAUGUAAAUUUACAUGAUAUUUAUACUUAUUGUUACAAAAUUCUCAGUAACUGACUGAACUUAACUUUGUAUUAAGUAUUAGGUGCCUAGUUAUUAUUAUCUUACGAUUAGUGGAAUACUCAAAGUUUUUGUAAUAAAUUAGUAAAUAAGAAACCUUUGUAAAUACUUAACGUUAUAAUUUUAUAUUUAUGUUUUUGUAAAAAUGUCUGAUAAAUAUACAUACAAAAGAUUCGUCUUUUUUAUAGCAACGAACAAGCACUUUUCAGGCACUUUUUAUUACUAAGUGAGGGAAUUAAUUUCGGUGCGCAAGUUUCAUUUAGAAAAAUGACAAAAUCUGUGGAACCAAAUUCAUAAGGAUGAUAGAAACUGUUGAUUUAAAAAGAAAUUAACUAACGAAAUAAACUGUGACCAUAACACAUUUAAUCGACAUUUUCACGUUACCUAUGUAUGUGAGUACCUACCUACAAUUUGAUUAUUAGGUAGGUACUUACGUGUAACAAUUACAAAAAUGUUAGUACAACUUAUUUUUACCGUACACCUAUUGUUAGGUAGGCAGGCAC